AGACACUGUGACUGAUGAGAGUUAAAGGCCAUGGAUGAAGAUGGGCUUGAAUUGCAGCCACAUGAGCCAAAUGCAUUUUUUGAUCCAACAGGAGCUGAUGCAGGACAUAUGGAUGGAGAUCAGAUUGUUGUGGAAGUACAGGAAACAGUAUUUGUUUCAGAUGUAGUCGACUCAGAUAUAACCGUGCAUAAUUUUGUUCCUGAUGAUCCAGAUUCUGUAGUAAUCCAAGAUGUCAUUGAGGAUGUUGUUAUCGAGGAUGUUCAGUGCCCAGAUAUCAUGGAGGAGCCAGACGUAUCUGAAACUGUCAUUAUUCCUGAACAAGUGCUGGACACAGACGUAGCCGAAGAGGUUUCUUUGGCUCAUUGCACUGUCCCAGAUGAUGUUUUAGCUUCUGACAUAACAGCAGAAGCAAUGUCUAUACCAGAACAUGUACUGACAAGUGAGUCAAUGCAUGUACCUGAAGUUGGACAUGUAGAACAUGUAGUUCAUGAUAAUGUUGAAGAAGCAGAUAUUGUCACUGAUACUCUGGGAACAGAUGUUGUUUCUGAAGAAGUCUUGGUGGCAGACUGUGCAUCAGAGGCAGUGAUCGAUGCCAAUGGAAUCCCUGUGGAACAUCAAGACGAGAAGGGCAACUGUGAAGAUUACCUUAUGAUUUCCUUGGAUGAUGCUGGUAAGAUAGAACACGAAGGUUCUGCUGAAAUUACCAUGGAAGCAGAGUCAGAAAGUGGCUCUUGUAAAGUGGAUGGCAUUUGUCCGGAAGUCAUCAAGGUCUAUAUAUUCAAAGCAGAUCCUGGAGAAGAUGAUUUAGGGGGCACAGUAGACAUUGUGGAGAGCGAGCCAGAGAAUGACCACGCAGUUGGAUUACUUGAUCAGAAUAGCAGUAUUCGUAUUCCAAGGGAGAAAAUGGUUUACAUGACUGUAAAUGAUUCUCAGCACGAAGAUGAAGACUUAAAUGUUGCAGAAAUAGCUGAUGAGGUUUAUAUGGAAGUGAUUGUAGGAGAGGAGGAUGCAGCAGUGGCCCACGAACAGCAAAUUGAUGACACUGAAAUUAAAACUUUCAUGCCUAUAGCUUGGGCAGCAGCUUAUGGUAAUAAUAAUGAUGGCAUUGAAAGUCGGAACGGCACUGCAAGUGCUCUUUUGCACAUAGAUGAGUCAGCUGGACUUGGGAGACUGGCUAAGCAAAAACCAAAGAAAAAAAGGAGACCUGAGUCCAGGCAGUAUCAAACGGCAAUAAUCAUUGGCCCCGAUGGUCAUCCGUUGACAGUCUACCCCUGCAUGAUCUGUGGAAAGAAAUUUAAAUCUAGAGGUUUCUUGAAAAGGCACAUGAAAAACCACCCGGAGCACCUUCUUACUAAGAAAAAAUACAGAUGCACAGACUGUGAUUACACUACGAAUAAAAAAAUAAGUUUACAUAACCACUUGGAGAGUCAUAAGCUGACCAACAAAACAGAAAAGCUUAUUGAGUGCGAUGAGUGUGGGAAAAGCUUCUCUCACGCAGGAACUUUAUUUACUCACAAGAUGGUGCACAGGGACAAAGGAGUUAAUAAAACGCACAAGUGCAAAUUCUGCGAUUAUGAGACAGCAGAACAAGGAUUACUGAGUCAUCACCUUUUAGCUGUCCACAGCAAGAACUUUCCUCACAUUUGCGUGGAGUGUGGCAAAGGAUUUCGCCAUCCGUCAGAGCUCAAGAAGCACAUGCGAAUCCACACUGGUGAAAAACCGUACCAGUGCCAAUAUUGUGAAUACCGAUCUGCCGACUCUUCUAACUUGAAAACUCACGUAAAGACUAAACACAGUAAGGAAACGCCAUUCAAGUGCGAUAUUUGUUUCCAGACUUUUUCAGAUACCAAAGAGCUACAGCAGCAUACGCUUAUGCAUCAAGAAAGUAAAACACAUCAGUGUUUGCAUUGUGACCAUAAGAGCUCAAACUCGAGUGAUCUGAAACGACACAUAAUUUCAGUCCACACGAAAGACUAUCCUCACAAGUGUGAUAUGUGUGAUAAAGGCUUUCAUAGGCCUUCGGAACUGAAAAAACACGUGGCGGCUCACAAGGGUAAAAAGUUGCACCAGUGCAGACAUUGUGACUUUAAGAUUGCAGAUCCGUUCAUUCUGAGUCGCCACAUACUCUCAGUUCACACAAAGGAUCUUCCGUUCAGGUGCAAGAGAUGUAGAAAGGGCUUUAGGCAACAAAACGAGCUGAAAAAACACAUGAAAACACACAGCGGCAGGAAAGUUUAUCAAUGUGAGUACUGUGAGUAUAGCACUACAGACGCCUCAGGCUUCAAACGGCAUGUUAUUUCCAUUCAUACAAAAGACUACCCUCACCGUUGUGAGUAUUGCAAGAAGGGUUUCCGAAGGCCUUCAGAGAAGAACCAGCACAUUAUGCGGCAUCAUAAAGAUGUUGGGCUGCCUUAAAGUCUCUUUCACAGACUUGCGGCUGGAAUUAUAAAGGAAUUUUGCCUUUCGGGCAGUUAGCUUAUUUUAAAGCCAAUCACCUGCGAUCACACACAAAAAAACAACAAAAAAAACAUACUGUGCAUUUGAUUUGUUGCUGUAUAAAAAUAGGAUUAUUGCUUCUAGUUGACUUUUAUACCUUUUGUUCAAUAGCGUGUUCUGAAUUCUGUUCAGUUUGUUUAAUAAAUGAAGAAAAGAUGGCAACAAUAAAGUUGCAUUUAAUAAAGUAAACCCUGUCUCUUACUGAAUUUUUCAACCGUAAUAGUUUAUUUAAGUAUAUUUAUCUUACUGACCUCGUUGAUACUCACAGUGUCCAUGUUAAUGCAGUUUUGUCGUGAGUUUUAAAACUAUGACUUUUCUCUUGCUAAAAUUGUCAGAGGUGUGUAUAAAAUGGGGAAUUGUGAUGCUGAAGAUAAAGUCACUAGGGCCCACCUGACUGUCUUGUUCUGACUAUGCAGGCUUUGUGGCAGGUUAACUGUUUUCCAUUCGAGGAGUUACACAUCUGAGUUACACAUUCUUUAUUGCGGAAAACUAUUCUGCGUUUUAAUUCAGGUUUCAGAGAGAAACAUUUUUUAAAAAGUGGUUUGGGGCAUUUGUUACCUUUCUUCGGCGAAUUUAAGAGUAUGCUCAAAUAGUAUGUUUAUUGUUCUGUGCUGCUUUGUCUUUGAAAGGGUUUGCCUGUUACAAAAUGAGUUGGGCUUUUUUCAAUUUACUGCUGUCUUGAUGUUGGAAACAUAAAAUACUGUUGUUCCGUUUGCAGAGUUAAUAGAUCACAACUGUCUGUACGUGCCGGUAAACGUACCUCAAACUUUAAUGCUUUUGUGUGUGUUGGUAUUUCUUUGAAAGAACGGUUUGUGGUUCAAGUCACUUUUUUAUUGUGAGUUGUUUUAGAACAAAAUUUAAGACCAAGAGGUGCCUCGAUUUUGGAAACGAGAUACAGUGAGAGCUUCAGAGGGGGACGGAGUGGAGCAGAUGCGUUCAUAAGGAGUAGAGGUGUUUUAAUGUAGAUAUCCUUAAGAAGAAAAGUAACUUACGAUCGUAACAGGACUGUUUCUAAAUCGAAUGUUUUUCCUGAGCCAUUAGCGGCCGUGUUAAGCUGCUGUUUAUUAAUCAGUACAGCAUCCAGAAUUAACCCAGUUCUUCUAAUCUGUUCAUAAACAGCUGGGAGAACAUGACAAUUAUUAUAUGCAGUUUUGCCACCUGAAGACUACUAUAACAUAGCGCCAUAUCAUUUGCUAAUUGCAGCAUAAAUACACCAAGCACGAAGUCACGUACCUUAACAACGACCGUGGAGCAAAAAACCCCAAACCGUUCAAUUAUGUGCCAGAUUUUAGGCCCCGGCCCCGCCCCCCUUGCUGAAAUUCCCGCCGAAGCCGCUGGUUGAGGAUGGAUUGCAGAAUUCGGACCCGGCUGCCUGCCAGCUUAGGAUAGAUCUGUAACCGGCAGCUCACUAAUGGAGGAGGUUCAGAGCCCGGCCCGGUGGCGGCUCUCGUUUCCAGGCAGGCAAACUGCCUAUUGAAACCGAGCGGGAGCUUCAGUGAUGAUUUCAGGUUGGGGGUGAUAAAGGGACGAAGGUUUCCUUUCAGACGUGCAUCUUCUAGGCCUUGCGUACUUUGUUUUGUUAGCGAGCCCUGCUCCUGCUGCUCACUCAGCCCCUCUGUUUCACUGUAAGCCGAAAUACUUGCGUUCAAUUUCCAGGUCAGGAGAGUCGAAUGCCAUGUCGCUACCUUUAUUGUGUAAGGGUUUUUUCUUUCGAUGCCUGCUUGACAGUGCCCCCAGACUUCUCCAGCGCGCUCUUGUACAGUAUUGCUACUAACGGGCCGUGAACCUUUAGUGUGUAAUACCUAGAUGUGCUGCACUGUGCCUUCGUUGAAAUCCCCGGUGAAGGCCGUGGAUUUCCUACAUGGCCGUAGCUGUCUGUCUGUUGCCUACUGACUGCCAAAUCAGAUGCAGUAAAACCCAGUAGAGAUUUUCCA